AUGGCCAGCCUGUGGGAUCAUGCGUUUCAGAAUUUGUCCGCUGAGGACAAAGAUACUCUUCGGCCUGAAGACACGGAGCUGCAGCCCAAAGCAAUGGAUAUCACCAAGUUAGUUGAAACGGCAAAGGAAAAUUGCGAAAGAAAACAAUGGGUCCUUUACAAAGAUGAUCAAGGUAAGGAGGUAAAGUUCCGUGACAAACUGGAAGAGGUAGUCGGCCUGUUUGAGAAGUUCAUUGCAGCUGGAGAUGCUGCGGUGUCAUAUGAUCCUGCGCACGCUGCUCUGCCUUGGGCGGCCGUGAGAGCUUUGUUACAGGUUACUGUCAACGAUUGUCAGACCUACGGUGCGAUGAUUGAAGGUGUCAAAGCGGUAUCAACAAUUGUCUUUACCUAUACCACGAUUGAGACAAGAGUCCUUCUCAGAGAAUCACAGGUGACGAAACAACUAUCCGCUUCCCUUGUCACUCUUUAUUCCUCUGCCUUGCGCUUUCUUGCCUCCGCAACCCGUUACUACAGCAAAAACACUUUCAAACGACUUAUGAGUAGCCUUCAUCGAAAUGCCAGCUCAGUCGUUGAAGCACCAAUCCUUGUAAUUGAGAAGCAAGAGAAGGAAGUUUACAAGCUUGUAUCUCUGGCUGAGCGUGAGGUUCAGGGUACGGACUUACAAAAGAUCAUAACGCUUGUUGAAUCAAGCGUAAGAACCUCAGGUGAAAUUAACCAGGAGCGCCGCACUCGACUAUCUGCUUGGAUCAAUGGCAUCGAAACCAAUACAACAUUUGAAAGAGCUUGUAACCGUCAUCCAGGAACCUGCGAUUGGCCAAUGGCUGUGGAAGCGUUCAAGACAUGGGCUUCGGAAGACGGCCCUAUGCCGUGUCUCCUUUGGAUGCAUGGUCCAGCCGGUUUCGGAAAGACGUUCAUGUCAGCUCGCAUCAUCCAAUAUCUUCAACAGGAGAAGCAGUGUCCGCUUGCCUAUUUCUUCUGUGUCGCGGAUAACGAACUCACGCGAGACCCAUAUGCUAUUCUUCGCUCCUGGCUUGUGCAAUUACUAGACCAGGGUGACGAGAUGUUAUCAACAAUUCUGACACAGGCUGAAAAGCUGAAUAUGGCACAGGCAUUGACCCAACAUAGAUUGUGGGAGCUGUUUGCUGCUAUAGGCAAGAAGUUCGACAGAUGCACCUUUGUCAUUGAUGGUUUUGACGAAUGCACGCACAUCGACCAGGGCGUGCGUUAUCACCACCAGGAACCAAGAAACAUCUUCCUCGAUGAAUUGCUUAAAUCACUCUCGGGAACGAACUCACGCGUGCUCCUAGUGAGCAGAGAUGUUCCAGACAUCAGAGAGCAUCUAGGCCAAGACACGUCUAAUGGAAACAACAAGGUCCAGAAGCUCGAGUAUUGUAUUACGGCAAAGGACACAUCGGAAGAUAUAGAGUCUUUCGCCAAGUUCACUGUCGAUGACAAGCUUCGAAAGAAAUCUACAAAAGUCAGAAACAACAUUGCUACCCGCGCCGUUGAUAGAAGCGAUGGCAUGUUUUUGUGGAUCGAGCUUCUAGGACGAAAGCUUAUGCCCAGCAGCAAUGAAAAGACGUUGGUGAAGACAGUCACUGAAAUGCCCGCAGGUAUCAGUGAUGCAUACGCUAACGAGCUAGAAGACAUAUCUCAACGUCCGACAGAGGAGAAAGAGCAGUCUGUCAUGAUACUUCGCUGGGUUUUGUUUGCAGUUGUCCCUCUCCAGGUCAAACAGCUAGCAGAGGCCCUGCUUGUAUCCAGCCCUGAGCUGAGCGAAUAUCCGGAUGAUGACUUGCCCGAUGAGUGGGAACAAGAAUUUGUAGACGAUUGCUACGUAAAAGACAAUAUCUUGGGACGAUGCGGCUCCCUACUGCAGAUCAGAUCAAGCUCCCCCGAUACACCACUUGGGGAUCAAACGGUUCACUUUGUUCAUUUUUCAGUUAAGGAAUUCCUGACAGAGCUUUCUAACACUGAACCCCGCAACGAUUGGGCCACAAAGCUUGGGCUAGAAUCUACAUCUAUCGAGGAAACUCGUCUUUCCGAUGUGUGCCUUCGUUACCUUACACUGGAGAGAUUCCACGACAUACCGCAAGAGCCUGAGAGAUAUCCGUUCCUUUCCUACGCGUCUUGGGCAUGGUAUUUCCAUAGUUUCCAUGAGAAGCCCUCGCCGUCCACGCAAAUCAUUAGCCGAACACAAGAAGCAUUCAAUCCCAAGGCAUCCGGAUGGAAGGUCUGGACGCCACUCAUGGAAGCCAAGAUCAUUGAGUCUGAUCUAGGCAAAUGGGGUGGUUAUGCUCAUGGCUGCGAAGACCUUUUCAAAGUCGAGAACCCAAUCUACUAUGCUUCGCUAUUGGGUUUGAUUGACAUUGUGAAGUGGCUCGAAGGUCAAGGACUUGAAUGCAGUUGUGCAGGAGGUGGCCGCUUCGGUUUUCCACUCCAAGCUGCUGUAGCAAGGGGCCAUCUGGAGUUGGUCAAGUACUUGCUGCUCCGUGGCGUCAAUAUAUCGCAGGAAGGUGGUCAAUUUGGGCAAUCGGUAAUAGCCGCUGCUGUUAUAUCAAAUGUUGAGAUCAUGCAAGCACUUCUGGAGGCCAAAGCCGAUGCAAAAUCGAAGGACCUUAGGGGUUGGACAUCUUUACACUAUGCGGCCAAGAACGGCAAUACAGCCAUGAUCACGCUACUUCUGAAAUACGGAGCCGAUAUCAACGCACAAACCUAUGAUCUCUGGACAGCUGCAAGCCUGGCUUGUCGCUACAAGCAUAAAGAUGCGCUGGACCUCCUGGCAAAGAAUGGUGCGGAUUUGAAUCCCCAGGAUACAAUUACUGCAGUCCCCUUGAAGAUUGCUAUCAUGAGUGGGGACUCAAGUCUUGUGUUGGCAGUUUGCAAUAUGCUUCGAUACUCGAACAUCGAUCCACAUGAGAUUGUCAUCGAAGGAUUGACGCCGCUCGAGUUGGCAAUAGGAUUAGGCAACAUUGGCAUUAUCGACGCUUUGAUCGACGAUGGAGCUGCUUGCAACGGUGUUUCUAAUCUGACUGCCGAAGUGAACUCUCCGUUGCAAGUUGCUAUCAUGAACUCCCGGACUUCAACUGCCGAAACAUUGAUCCGGAAAGGUGCAGAGAUUGAUCGAGCCGGAAGAGAUGGAACGACAAGUUUGAUAUGUGCUGUCGAGUGUGAGGAACUGGAAACUGUCGAAUGGGUCCUACAUAUGGGAGCGUCAGGGCAAGGUAUACGUGAGAACGACCUGAAGACAGCUUUCGACACGGCAUUGGGUUACUACGACCUAGAUAUAGCGCGCCUUCUCAUCCGAAGAGGCUGCUUCCGUCUUGGAAGUCAAGAACCCACUCCAGAUCCAGCCACGGAGGUGAUGCGAGAGAGCUUCGUUAUGCAUGCCUUUGAUGGUACUUUGGAUAUGGUGGUUAAGGAUCUGGCUGCUAUGAGUAGCUCAUUAUCUCCUGACCUCCUCACCGAAGCGCUGCAUGUUGCCUCAUCCAGAGGUCAUCUUUCCAUCGUCCAAAGAUUGAUUCAAUCUGGAGCAAAGGUUGGUUCGAGAGAUAUAAACAAGAGGUCAGCGUUACAUCAUGCUACCUUCCAUUGUCAUUUUGACGUUGCAGAAUGUCUUUUGGAACAAGGCGCUAGUAUAUCCAUGGAGGAUAUUGUUGGCUCGUCGCCCAUUGAUUUGGCAAUUCAGAAUGGGCUGAAGGCAUUCGACUUUAUCCAAAGUCACAUGAGCGAUCUGACUCUCACCAUCAGCCGGAGGCCAUCAUUAUUGACGGGUCCUUUGACUCAAUCUCGAAGUCUCAGCUCCAUGGAAGUGAGGAGGGUGAUUUCAGGGUUAUGGGAUGGUUUUUACGAGUACCUAUCCUGGUGUGAAGGAGUAAGGGAACCGUUUUCUAUUGAAAUCUCUGACCCAUCAGGCUUGGAUUCCCAGAACAAGGCGUUUUCUAACCAGGGCUAUGAUGAAGGGGGGUGGCUAUACCGAGGCGAGUUGAAUGUUGAGAAGCGAGUCAUUAAGGGCAAAUGGGGAUCUAACAGGAAGUUGUGGCACGGUACAUUUCGACUUCAGUUGAAAGAAUAG